AUGCACAUCAACAAGAAAGGUGAUAUUGUAGACAUCAAGGGUACAGGCACAAUCCAAAAAGCUACGCCACACAAGUACUACCAUGGCAAUCCUGACCAGAUCUAUAAUGUCACACAGCAUGCAAACAAUUCAAAGGUAAGAUUCUUGCCAAAAAAAUCAAUGUCUGUGUAG